AAUUCGCUAACCACUUCGUUCGUUAAGAAGUUCCAAAACCCAAACCCAUAAAAAUGUUCAAACUGUUCGCUGUCUGUUUCUUGGCUGUCUUCGCUGUUGCCUUCGGCGCUGCUAAGCCCGGUCUCUUGGCUGCUCCAUUGGCUUAUUCUGCACCAUUAGCUGCUGCCCCAGUUGCUGCUGCGUAUGCCGCUCCAGUUGCCGCACCCCUCGCAUAUGCCGCAGGAUAUGCUGGUUACGUCGCUCCUUACGCCAGCAGCUACUCAGCUCACUCGAUUGCCCACUCUGCCGCUUUCCCAGCUGCCUAUGCUGCUGCUCCAGUAGUUGCCGCUGCCCCAGCUGUGGCUGUAUUGAAGAAAUAGACGCAUAACGACGAACGCGUUGUUUCGCAACCAUAAAGGACUGAACAAAUAUGAACUGAAUAAAAACCAUGACAAAUAA